AUGACGCCCAAAACUUUUCUCACAAAGAUCUAUUUUUCCGACAUGCAGCCCCUUUCAUCGAGAUCUGUCACCCUAAUGCGCAAAUGUCACCCAUCUAUUUUGGAUUUUCGGCUGAGUAAAGCAAAGUACGUCAACGGUUCAGCAUUCGGGACAGACCGGGGUAUAAGGCUAAAUCGAAAACUACAGCAGGGGACUGGGGGAUAAGUCCCAGCCACUAACUUCCACCAACUUGCAUCCGAUCUUUCGAGUUUUAUUUUUGGACAAAGUGCUUGGACUCACAAUCUUAUGCACCCCGCUGCGCGGCUUCUGUUUUUGCUAUUUAUGAUCGCGAUUUCCAGAGUUUUGAAACAAGGUAAUUGCUUAUUUUCAUACAGCUACUGAUCGUUUAACAACUUAGUAACAAAGCAUUGGAACUGGAAGGUUUUAAUUCAGCAACAGAAAAAGAAUGAACGUGAAGUUCUUAAAUAUAAACUUUAAAGCUAGCAGCCACACACAGUAGUCUAUGUUGCUGUUAAUAGUACGACGCACUUAAUGUCAGCGAUCGGUUCUACAAAUGGACAUAUAUGAGAGAUAAGCGGGAACAGCUGCAUCUAUUCUGGGAGGUUGCUGGGAGGCUGGUGAUUGGCGACUUUCCUUCGACCUCAAAUGAAAUAGCAUUCUGAAUUAUCCUAGUAGGACAAGUUCCUGUGACCUUCGAAGCCUAAGUGUGUUCCCCCCACCCCCAUUCUCCGCUAAAGAUCGAAGAUGGAUUUUGGUGGGGCCCCCCGGUUUUUAAGCCGGCCAAAGACCUUUGCAGUGACGGCCGGCAAGGAUGCGACGCUCUCUUGUCGGAUCAUUGGCAACCCAGUGCCGUUGGUGGUCUGGGAGAAGGACAACAUGCCGAUCAGGUCGGAGGGAAGAUUCAAAAUGGUGGAGGACGGCGACCUGUACAAGCUGACCAUCUACGAGCUGUGCAGCGCGGACAACGGCCAGUACAUCUGCAGGGCCAACAACCCUGUGGGAGAAGCUUACGCGGCGGUGACCCUUCAGGUCGGCGCCCACCCUCAGGUCGCCAGCGCCCAGUGCGCACCUUACUUCGUGCUGAAACCCAGCUCGCUGCGGGUCUGCCUGGGGGACGACGCCAGCUUCUGCUGCCAGGUCCAGGGGAACCCGUUACCGACGGUCCAUUGGGAGAGAGACGGCAAGGCCCUAGGCGGCGGUCCGGUCGACGACGCCAACAAUCGGUACGUGGUGGAGGCCGCGGGCGGCACCCUGAGGAUCCGCUGUGUCAGGCUUUCUGAUGGCGGCUCCUUCACCUGCAGAGGCCUCAACGAGCUGGGCGAGUGCCAGGCAAUAGCCGCCCUGGUUGUCCUCUCGUCAGGCGACAGCCCCACCCAGGGUACAGCGCCGACAUUGCUGUCGCACCUGCAGCAAAAGCGAGAACAGGCCCGGGCCUCGGACUCCGCCUUUAUUACCGACGCCUCCUUCUUGUCUCAAACCGGACUCUCCUACGGGCGGCUGCUCGCGCGCGAGUACGACACGGCGGGAAGCCAGAGCCUCGCGCGCGGCGGGCCUUGGACGCCGCUCGCGACCAGUCGGACCCGCACGUGCACCGUCACCGAAGGCAAACACGCCAAGUUGAGCUGCCACGUGACGGGCAAGCCCAGGCCCGAAAUUAUCUGGAAAAAGGACGAAGAGGUCAUCAACCCCGGCCGCAGGCACGUUAUCUUCGACGACGACGAGGACAACUUCGUGCUGAGGAUCCUCUUCUGCAAACAGAGCGACAACGGGCGCUACACCUGUACGGCCUCCAACUUGGCCGGGCAGACCUACAGCUCGGUACUAGUCAUCGUCAAAGAGCCAAGGAUAUCCUUUAAGACAAAAUUGAAAGAUGUUGAAGUUGCAGAGAAGGAAACAGCAACCCUCCAGUGUGAAGUUCCUAUUCCUGCCAUACAGGCCAGUUGGUUCUUGGAGGAAAUAGAGAUAGCUGAAAGUGCUAAAUAUGAAAUAGAAGAGGAAGGCACCUUUAGAAAACUUACUAUAAAAGAUGUUACUACUGAUGAUGAUGGUGUCUAUAUCUGUGAAAUGAAAGAAGGCAGCAGAACAGUUGGCGAGUUGACAGUAAAAGGUAAUAUUGUUAAGAAGCUUCCAAGGAAAACUACUGUACCAGAAAAUGACACAGCCAUUUUUUGUGUGGAAUUGAGUAGUGGCUGUAAUAAUAUCAGGUGGAUAAAGAAUGGGCAAGACCUACAACCAAAUGAUAGAAUGACCAUCGCUGUAUCUGGCACUCGACACACUCUAACAAUUAGAGAUUGUAAAUGGGAAGACGCUGGAGAAAUAGCACUAUUGGCAGAUGACUCUCGAACAUCAACUCAAUUCACAAUAACAUCUCCCCGGAAAGUUCCACCACAUCCCCCAGUCAACCCUGUGGUCAAAGAAAAGACAGCAACAUCGGUUACUUUGGCCUGGUCACUGCCUGUAGAUGUGCCGCCUGCCCCCGUGACUGGAUACAUAGUCCAAAGAAAAAAAGUAGGAAGCAAUACCUGGACACGAUGCCACACUUCAGAAAGGGUAGAGGCACAAGAAUUUACAGUGAGUGCCUUGCAAGAAAGAGCUACUUAUCAGUUCAGAAUUAGUUCUGUUAACAACUUUGCUCAGAGUGAAUACUUAGAAGUCCCAGGAACAUUUUAUAUUGAACCCAGAGUUUCCAUUGAAAAACCAUUGCAAGAUGUUGAAGUUCCAGCUGGUGAAGAGGCUACUUUCAUUAUUGAACUAUCCUCUGUUGCUCCUGGAACGUGGUUCAUGAAUGAAAAAGUUGUCCAAGACAGUGAGAAUUAUAUAAUGCGGAGUACUAAAAAUAUACAUACAUUAAUUAUCAAACGAGUGGACAAUGAAGCUGAUGUGAAGUUUGUAUCUAGCAAUGCUGAAAGCACUGCUAAAUUAAGAGUGAAAGAUGCAGCUGUCAGAUUCAUAAACAAGCCAAAAACUCCAUCUGAAGUUACAGUAGUAGCCUCAGAAUGUUUGGAAUUGUCUUGUGAGGUGUCACCAGCUAAUGCUGUGGUCAUAUGGAGAAAGGAUCAAAAAGAGGUUAAGCCGGACCAGAGGAUAAACAUCAUCUCUCAGGGAACACAACGCAAACUUGUCAUCAAAAAAGUGCAGCAGAGCGACCAAGGAAACUACACCUGCACAUCUAAUGAUGACAGUCUAACAUUCCAAGUUAAGAUCAAAGAACCAACUACAACUGUCUUGAAAAAGUCCACAACACAAACAGAGUACACGGCAAUUGUGGGAGAGAAGGUAGUCCUGGUUUGUGAAGUAGCUCAAAGUACUGUAGAAGGAACGUGGUACAGAAAAGGACAGAAAGUAAAGCUGAAUAAGGCCGUAAAUGCUGAAUCAGAAGGCACUAUACGAAGACUGGUCAUUCACAAUGCAAGAUCUGGAGAUUCCGGGGCCUAUGUAUUUAAAACCAAAGAGGAUGAGAUCACCAUCAAUGUAGCUGUCAAAGAGCCAGAACCAGCAUUUAUCAGUAAAGAAUCAGUUCAGAAGGAGGUGAAGGUUCAAGCCUCAGAGAAUGCUGUUCUCAGCUGUGAAGUGACACAACUCAAAACUGAAGUCAAGUGGUCCAAAGAUGGAAAAAUUCUCGCUCCCAACCAAAAAGUUAAACUUGUUUCUGAAGGUAGAAUUAGAAAACUUAUUAUUCAGAAUGCAGAGCUGAAGGAUGGAGGCAGUUAUAUCUGUGAAACAGCUGGAGAGAAAUUGAUUUUCCAUCUUGAGGUUACAGAACAAAAAGCAGGGUUUUGCAAUACAGAUUUAAUUCAGAGGAGAGUGACAGUUCAGCAGUCAGAGAAUGCUACACUCUGGUGUGAAGUGUCACAGCCCAGAACAGAGGUAAAAUGGUUCAGAGGUGAAAAACUACUCAGUCAAAAUAAAAAAAUGAAACUUGAAUCUGAGGGUUCAUUUCGAAAGCUUAUCAUUCAUAAUGUGGAAUCAAAAGAUGGAGGUGAAUACACAUGUGAAGCCGGCGGAGAAAAACUGGUCUUCAAUGUUCAGGUUGCAGAAAUAGUAACUGGAUUUGCAAAUAAAGAUAAAGUUCAGAAGCAGAUAAAGGUCCGUCAAUCAGAGAAUGCAACUCUCAGCUGUGAAUUGUCACAAUCCAAAACUGCAGUCAAAUGGUUGAAAGAUGGAAAAUCGCUCAGUCAGAGUAAAAAAAUGAAACUUGAAACCGAUGGUAAAAUUCGAAAGCUUAUCAUUCAUAAUGUUGAAUCGAAGGAUGGAGGUGAAUAUAUAUGUGAAGCAGCCGGAGAGAAACUGAGUUUUAACGUUCAGGUUACAGAGCCAGAGCCAGCAUUUAUCAAUAAAGGAACAGUUCAAAAGGAGGUGAAGGUUCAAGCCUCAGAGAAUGCUGUUCUCAGCUGUGAAGUGUCACACAUCAAAGCUGAGGUCAAAUGGUCCAAGAGUGGAAAUGUUCUCACUGCUAGCUCGAAAGUUAAACUUGUUUCUGAAGGCAAAGUUCAAAAAUUAAUUAUUCAGAAUGCAGAGCCAAAGGACACGGGCAAUUAUAUCUGUGAAAUAGCUGGAGAGAAAUUAAUUUUCCAUAUUGAGGUUAAAGAAUUACCUAUAUUGUUCACAAAGAAGCUACAAAACGUAAAUGUGCUGUGUAAUGCUACAGCUGUAUUUACAUGUGAAUUAAAUCAAGCAAAGGCUGAUGUCUUGUGGCGACGAAAUGGAAUAGAAAUCAACCCAAGCCUCAGAAUAAAAAUAAAGGCGGAUGGUCAGAAACGAAGUUUGACCAUUUCCAAAGUAACUGUUGAGGAUGAGGGGGAAUAUCUCUGUGAAUCAAAGGAUGAUAUUACCACUGCUAAACUAACCACCAAGGUUCCAAAGAUUAUUAAGUUUGUAAAUGAGCUUCACAGUUUAGUAGCUGUAGAAGGAGAAGAUGCUGAAUUUAAAUGUACUGUGUCUCAUGAGGAAGCUAUAGUGACCUGGUAUAAAAAUGGCAUCAAAAUUGAGUCAAGUGAAAAAUACAUAGUAUCACAUGAAAGAACCAACCACAAUCUGACCAUCAGAAGCCUAACAGUAGAGGAUGCAUGUGAAAUUACUGCACAAGUUGAAAAUGUAAAAACAACAGCUAAACUUCAAGUUCAAGAAGCUCCAGCCUUGUUUAAGAAGAAAUUGGAGAACAUAACUAUUGAAGAAAAACAAACAGUUAUUUUGGAAGUAGAACUCACAAAACCUUGCAGUGAUAUCAAGUGGAUGAAAAACAAUGUCGUUAUCCAGCCUGAUGGUAGAAUAGACAUUACAGUGGAUGGAAACAAGCAAAUCCUUACUAUUAAAGAUGUGAGAUUAGCUGACCGUGGUAAUUACACUUGUGAAACACUUCAUGAAAAGACAAAAGCAAGGUUAACUGUUGAAAUGAGAAAAAUUAAACUGAUCAAAGGAUUGGAAGAGGUGAAUGUGCAUGAGAAAGAAACUUGCACUUUUGAAGUUGAGCUGUCUCAUGAAGAAGUGGAUGUAACCUGGCUGAAGGAUAAUAUCAGACUGAAAUCAGGUCCCAACUGCAAGAUUACUACACAGGGCAAGAAACAUGCUCUGACAUUGUCUGCUUUGAGAAUUGAGGAUUCAGGACUAAUUAGUUUCAAAGCUGAAGGUAUACACUCAUCUGGAAGACUCAAUGUAACAGAGCCUGUGGUGACCUUUGUUAAACUUUUAGAGGAUAUAAAAGUUCCAGAGAAAGAUAAAGUUGUUUUCGAAUGUGAACUGUCAAGAGCCAACGCAGAAGUUAAAUGGUUUAAGGAUAAUGUGGAAAUUAGACCAGGGAAAGGAUAUAGUAUUAUAUCUAAAGGAAGGAAAAGGAGUCUUAUCAUUUACCAAUGUGGACAUGAACACCAAGCACAAUACACAUGUGAUGCGGUGGAUUGCAAGUCAUCAGCUAUGCUCACUGUCCAUGCUCGUGAUAUCAAAGUAGUUCGGCCUUUGGAAGAUUUGGAAGUGAUUGAGCAGGAGAGUGCUUCCUUCUUAUGUGAAAUUUCACAUGAUGAAGUCGAUUUUCAGUGGUUUAAGAACAACGUAAAAAUCAAAGCUGGGGACAAUGUGAAAUUACGUCAAGAAGGAAGGACGCAUAUUCUACUCUUUAAAUCAGUGAAGCCUGAAGAUGCUGCAGAGAUCAAGUUUGUUGCUGAAAGUGCCACUUCCAGAGCUUUCCUUCGAAUUAAAGAAUUACCUGUUAAGAUUGUGAAACCCUUAAGGGAGAAAAUAGGCAUGGAGAAGCAUCGUGUCUUUUUUGAAUGCAAAGUUUCUAGAAAAAAUGCUGUGGUCAAAUGGUAUUAUAAAGGAAAGGAGAUUCAUCCCAGUAAGAAGUACGAGAUUGUGAGUGAAGAUUUGCACAGGAAGCUCAUAAUAAAUAAUAUUGCUUUUGAAGAUGAAGGCAACUACACAUGUGAUGCUGUAGAUGACAAAAGUACUGCCAUGUUGUAUGUCGAAGAGCAAUCAAUUACCAUCAAUAAGGCAAUAUCUGAUGUGGAAGUGACUGAGCCAAACGAUGCCAGAUUUGAAUGUGAGCUUUCAGUUGCUGAUGUGAAACCUCCAAAAUGGAUACUAAAUGGUGAAAUACUUCAUCCAUCUAAAAAUGUGGACAUUGAGCAUUGUGGCACUAUUCACCGCCUUAUCCUGAAAAAUACAUCUUGCCAGAUGACCGGCAUAGUUCAAUUUAUUGCUGGGAAAUCAAAAUCUGAAGCAAGAUUAACCAUUAAAGAGCCUCCAUCAAAGGUUGUGAGAGAACUACAGAACAUAACAGUAGAAGAGAAGAAGUCUGUUACUUUGAGCUGCGAGUUUACACCUACUCCCAAGGUGGUUAGGUGGUACAAAGACCAGAGCUUAAUUGAAUCUUCUGACAGAUUCAAAUUCAAGCAAGUUCAGAAUGUGGUAGAACUUUCAAUCUCAAAUCUCAGCCCUGAAGAUUCUGGUAAAUAUAGCUGCAAGUCAAGUAAUGCACAGACCACCGCCACGCUCACAGUUGAAGCUUUAAAAAUAGAAAUAACAAAACACUUGGAGGAUGUAGAUACUGAAGAGGAAAGCAAUCUUGUAUAUUCAUGUGAGUUGUCCCAUGAUAUUGAUGAAGUGCAGUGGUAUCUAAAUGAUACUCCCUUACUCUCAAAUGACUUUAAUGAGAUGAAGAAAAAGGGAAAGAGACACACAUUGAUUUUGAAAGGUGUAACACCAGAAGAUACAGGAACAGUAAUGCUGAAAGUUAGAAAUCUGACAGAAACAGCGCAGCUGAAUGUACGAGAAAAGCCUGUGGUUUUCAUGAAAUCUUUGGAUGACGUUGUUGGGGAGGAAAGAGGAAUGAUUUCACUGGAGUGUGAAGUAUCUAAACCCAAGGUCAAACCCGUCUGGAAAAAAGAUGAUGUGGUUCUUGGUUCAAGUGACAAAUAUGAAAUACUGCAGGCUGGAAAAACACUUUGUCUUAUGGUACAUGACCUGAAUAAAGGUGAUGCAGGAGUGUAUACUUGUGACAUAGGCAGUGAUAAAGCAAAUGCAAAGGUCACUAUACAAGAUCUAAACAUUGGAAUCACAAAGCGGCUGAAGAGCACAGAGGUUAAAGAGGGAGAAAGUGGAUCUUUUGAAUGUGUACUUUCUCAUGAAAGCAUUGAUGAAUAUUACUGGACUGUUAAUGGGCAAUUAGUGAAAGGCAAUGAACGGUUUGAAGCAUUUAAUAUUGGUCGAAAGUAUAUACUCAGCAUUAAGGAAGCGGCUCUUUCAGAUGCAGGUGAAGUUGUUUUCAAUGUGCGGAAUCUCAAAUCUAAGGCUUCCUUGAUGGUAAAAGAAAAACCAACUGAAAUCAUAAAGCACCUUGAGGACAAGGUGACAAUAGCAGGUGAAGAUAUUGUGCUGUGCUGCGAAACCUCUAAGCCUGAUUCUUCAAUGAAGUGGUUUAAGGAUGGCAAGAUAAUUAGAAAGAGCACUAAGUAUGAAGUAUCUCAUCAUGGAACUGUAAGCCAAUUGAUAAUCCAUCAAACUACUACAAAAGAUGCUGGAGAGUAUGAAUGCAGAGCAGAGGUUUCUAAAUCUAAAGCCACCGUCACUGUAAAAGAAGUUGUAAAUCGAUUUGUCAAGGAAUUACAUGACAUUAAAACUGAAGAGAAAGGAUUUGUAAUUUUUGAGUGUGAAACUGAACAGCCAGCAGGCAGGGCUGUCUGGAGAAAAGGGAUGGCAGAAAUAAAGUCAAGCAAGAAGUAUGAGAUGAAACAGGAGGGCAGUUUACUAAGCCUUAAAAUUAAUCAGCUAGAGAAAAUUGAUAGUGACCACUACACGUGUGACAUUGGUAAUGCACAGUCAAGAGCUCUGCUGUCGGUUGCAGGUCAGAAAGUUCGAAUAAUUGAAGACCUUGAAGAUGUUGAAGUCCUUGAAGGAGAAUCAGCAACAUUUAAAUGCAGGAUAUCACCAUCAGAUUAUAACAAUGUGCAGUGGUUCUUGGAUAAAACACCUCUCCAUACCAAUGAUGUGAACGAAAUUAGUUCACUAAAGGAUGGCUAUCAUACUUUAACAGUUAAAAAGCUUUCAGUCAAAGAUUCUGGUAAUAUAACAUUUGAAGCUGGAGAUAUGAAAACUUCUGCUAUCCUGACAGUAAAAGCCUUGCCUGUGCUUUUCAAACAAGAGCUUCAGAAUGAAGAGGCUGAAGAGAAUGGUACUGCCACAUUGCGCUGUGUGGUUUCAAAACCUGGUGCUUCAGUAGAAUGGAAAAAAGAAUCAGUAGUACUUCACCCAUCUGGAAAGUAUGAAAUGAAACAGCAAGGUGCCAUCAAUGAGCUAUUAAUUCAUAAUCUGAAAAUAGAAGACGCUGGAACAUAUAGCUGUGAUUCUGGAGAUCAACAGACCUGUGCUUGCUUAAAAGUAAAGGCUGUGCCUACAAUCUUCAAGCAAAAACUUAAGGAUGAAGAAGCUCAAGAAGAUGCUACUGCCACAUUGCGUUGUGAAAUUAGCAAACCAGAAGCAGUGGUACAGUGGAAGAAAGGAACCUCUCUACUUCACCCAAGUGCCAAAUAUGAAAUGAGGCAAAAGGGAUGCAUUCUUGAGUUGGUUAUUCACAACCUUACACCACAAGAUGGUGGAAGUUACAGCUGUGAUAUUGGUGAUCAGCAUACCAGUGCUUCCCUGAAAAUUAACGCAAUUCCAGUGCUUUUCAAACGGGAGCUUCAGAACAAGGAAGUAGAAGAAGGCACCACCAUCACUUUGCAUUGUGAGUUAACAAAGUCAAAUGCUUCUGUGGAGUGGAGAAAAGGAACUGUGGUGCUUCAUUCCAGUAACAAGUAUAAAAUAAAGAAAAGUGGUCCUAUAAAUGAACUGUUAAUCUGUGAUCUGAAACCAGAAGAUUCAGGAGACUAUACCUGUAAUUCCGGAGAUCAGCAGAGCACAGCCUCCCUUAAAGUGAAAGCACUUCCGGUGUUUUUCAAGACGAAGCUUCAGAACAAGGAGCAGAAAGAGGGGAAUAUUGCUACAUUUCAGUGUGAGUUGACAAAACCAGAUGCUCCUGUAAAGUGGAAGAAAGGAUCUGUCCUUCUUGAUUCCAGUGGAAAGUACGAAAUGAAACAAAAAGGUUCCAGGGUUGAGCUAAUCAUUCAUGACUUGAAACUUGAAGAUGCAGGAGAAUAUAGUUGUGACUCAGGGGAUGAACAGACAACAGCCUCCUUAAAAGUAAAAGCCUUGCCUGUACUUUUCAAGAAAGAGCUUUGCAGUCAGGAAGUUGAGGAAAACUGCACUGCUACUCUGUACUGUGAAGUCACCAAACCAGAUGCCCCCAUCAAAUGGAAAAAAGGAUCCAGGCUGCUUCGUGCAAGUGACAAAUUUGAAAUGAAUCAGAAAGGUCCUUGCAUUGAGUUGCUUAUUCACAAGGUUGAACUUGAAGAUGCUGGAGAAUAUACCUGUGAUUCCGGAGAUCAACAGACCACUGCCUCCUUAAAAGUCAAGGCUCUACCUGUACUUUUCAAAGAAGAGCUUCAAAAUAAGGAAGCUGAAGAGGACAGUACUGCCAUUCUGAACUGUGAGAUCACAAAACCAGGUGCCCCUGUGGAAUGGAGGAAAGGAUCUAGGGCACUUCAGCCCAGUAACAAAUAUGAAAUGAGGCAAAAGGGUUUCUGUGUCGAGUUAAUUAUUAAUAGCCUAAAAGUUGAAGAUGCUGGAGAAUAUACCUGUGAUACAGGGGAUCAGCAGACAGUGAGCUUGCUAAAAGUGAAGGCCCUUCCUGUGCGUUUCAAAAAAGAGCUUCAGAAUAAGGAAGCUGAAGAGGACAGUACUGUCAAUCUGCGAUGUGAAAUCUCAAAACCGGAUGCCCCAGUGGAAUGGAGAAAGGGAUCAGUGGUGCUUCAUCCAAGUGAGAAGUAUGAAAUGAAACAAAAGGGUUCCUGCGUGGAGUUGAUCAUUCAUAGCCUAAAAGUUGAAGAUGCUGGAGAGUAUACCUGCGAUUCAAGGGAUCACAAAACAUCAGGCUUUCUGAAAGUGAAGGCCCUUCCUGUGCGUUUCAAAAAAGAGCUUCAGAAUAAGGAAGCUGAAGAGGACAGUACUGUCAAUCUGCGAUGUGAAAUCUCAAAACCAGAUGCCCCAGUGGAAUGGAGAAAGGGAUCUGUGGUGCUUCAUCCAAGUGUGAAGUAUGAAAUGAAACAAAAGGGUUCCUGCGUGGAGUUGAUCAUUCAUAGCCUAAAAGUUGAAGAUGCUGGAGAGUAUACCUGCGAUUCAAGGGAUCACAAAACAUCAGGCUUUCUGAAAGUGAAAGCCCUUCCUGUGCGUUUCAAAAAAGAGCUUCAGAAUAAGGAAGCUGAAGAGGACGGUACUGUCACUCUGCGAUGUGAAAUCUCAAAACCAGAUGCCCCAGUGGAAUGGAGAAAGGGAUCUGUGGUGCUUCAUCCAAGUGAGAAGUAUGAAAUGAAACAAAAGGGUUCCUGCGUGGAGUUGAUCAUUCAUAGCCUAAAAGUUGAAGAUGCUGGAGAGUAUACCUGCGAUUCAAGGGAUCACAAAACAUCAGGCUUUCUGAAAGUGAAGGCCCUUCCUGUGCGUUUCAAAAAAGAGCUUCAGAAUAAGGAAGCUGAAGAGGACAGUACUGUCAAUCUGCGAUGUGAAAUCUCAAAACCAGAUGCCCCAGUGGAAUGGAGAAAGGGAUCAGUGGUGCUUCAUCCAAGUGUGAAGUAUGAAAUGAAACAAAAGGGUUCCUGCGUGGAGUUGAUCAUUCAUAGCCUAAAAGUUGAAGAUGCUGGAGAGUAUACCUGCGAUUCAAGGGAUCACAAAACAUCAGGCUUUCUAAAAGUGAAGGCCCUUCCUGUGCGUUUCAAAAAAGAGCUUCAGAAUAAGGAAGCUGAAGAGGACAGUACUGUCAAUCUGCGAUGUGAAAUCUCAAAACCAGAUGCCCCAGUGGAAUGGAGAAAGGGAUCUGUGGUGCUUCAUCCAAGUGAGAAGUAUGAAAUGAAACAAAAGGGUUCCUGCGUGGAGUUGAUCAUUCAUAGCCUAAAAGUUGAAGAUGCUGGAGAGUAUACCUGCGAUUCAAGGGAUCACAAAACAUCAGGCUUUCUGAAAGUGAAGGCCCUUCCUGUGCGUUUCAAAAAAGAGCUUCAGAAUAAGGAAGCUGAAGAGGACAGUACUGUCACUCUGCAAUGUGAAAUCUCAAAACCAGAUGCCCCAGUGGAAUGGAGAAAGGGAUCUGUGGUGCUUCAUCCAAGUGUGAAGUAUGAAAUGAAACAAAAGGGUUCCUGCGUGGAGUUGAUCAUUCAUAGCCUAAAAGUUGAAGAUGCUGGAGAGUAUACCUGCGAUUCAAGGGAUCACAAAACAUCAGGCUUUCUGAAAGUGAAGGCCCUUCCUGUGCGUUUCAAAAAAGAGCUACAGAAUAAGGAAGCUGAAGAGGACGGUACUGUCACUCUGCGAUGUGAAAUCUCAAAACCAGAUGCCCCAGUGGAAUGGAGAAAGGGAUCUGUGGUGCUUCAUCCAAGUGUGAAGUAUGAAAUGAAACAAAAGGGUUCCUGCGUGGAGUUGAUCAUUCAUAGCCUAAAAGUUGAAGAUGCUGGAGAGUAUACCUGCGAUUCAAGGGAUCACAAAACAUCAGGCUUUCUGAAAGUGAAGGCGCUUCCUGUGCGUUUCAAAAAAGAGCUACAGAAUAAGGAAGCUGAAGAGGACGGUACUGUCACUCUGCGAUGUGAAAUCUCAAAACCAGAUGCCCCAGUGGAAUGGAGAAAGGGAUCUGUGGUGCUUCAUCCAAGUGUGAAGUAUGAAAUGAAACAAAAGGGUUCCUGCGUGGAGUUGAUCAUUCAUAGCCUAAAAGUUGAAGAUGCUGGAGAGUAUACCUGCGAUUCAAGGGAUCACAAAACAUCAGGCUUUCUGAAAGUGAAGGCCCUUCCUGUGCGUUUCAAAAAAGAGCUUCAGAAUAAGGAAGCUGAAGAGGACAGUACUGUCAAUCUGCGAUGUGAAAUCUCAAAACCAGAUGCCCCAGUGGAAUGGAGAAAGGGAUCUGUGGUGCUUCAUCCAAGUGUGAAGUAUGAAAUGAAACAAAAGGGUUCCUGCGUGGAGUUGAUCAUUCAUAGCCUAAAAGUUGAAGAUGCUGGAGAGUAUACCUGCGAUUCAAGGGAUCACAAAACAUCAGGCUUUCUGAAAGUGAAGGCCCUUCCUGUGCGUUUCAAAAAAGAGCUACAGAAUAAGGAAGCUGAAGAGGACGGUACUGUCACUCUGCGAUGUGAAAUCUCAAAACCAGAUGCCCCAGUGGAAUGGAGAAAGGGAUCUGUGGUGCUUCAUCCAAGUGUGAAGUAUGAAAUGAAACAAAAGGGUUCCUGCGUGGAGUUGAUCAUUCAUAGCCUAAAAGUUGAAGAUGCUGGAGAGUAUACCUGCGAUUCAAGGGAUCACAAAACAUCAGGCUUUCUGAAAGUGAAGGCCCUUCCUGUGCGUUUCAAAAAAGAGCUUCAGAAUAAGGAAGCUGAAGAGGACUGUACUGUCACUCUGCAAUGUGAAAUCUCAAAACCGGAUGCCCCAGUGGAAUGGAGAAAGGGAUCUGUGGUGCUUCAUCCAAGUGAGAAGUAUGAAAUGAAACAAAAGGGUUCCUGUGUGGAGUUGAUCAUUCAUAGCCUAAAAGUUGAAGAUGCUGGAGAGUAUACCUGCGAUUCAAGGGAUCAGAAAACAUCAGGUUUUCUAAAAGUGAAAGCCCUUCCUGUGCUUUUCAAACUAAGGCUUCAAAACAAAGAAGCUGAAGAGGGUUCUACUGGUGUUCUGCACUGUGAGAUAACUAAACCAGAUGUCCAAGUGGAGUGGAGGAAAGGGGCUAUGGUACUUCAUCCAAGUGAGAAACAUGAAAUAAAGCAAAGGGGUUCCCAUGUUGAAUUACUUAUUCAUAAUUUAAAACCUGAAGAUGCUGGAAAAUAUACCUGUCUGACAAGGGACCAAGAAACAAGUGCAUCUUUAAAAGUGAAAGUCCUGCCUGUGCUUAUCAAAGAAGAGCUUAAGAAUGUGGAAGCUGAAGAAGAUAGUACUGCUACUUUUCACUGUCUGAUUAGUAAACCAGAUGUUCCAGUAAAAUGGAGGAAAGAAUCAAUGCUACUUCAUCCAUGUAAAAAGUAUGAAAUGAAGCAGAAAGAGCUUUCUGUUGAGCUACUAAUUCACAACCUAAAACUAGAAGAUGCUGGUGAAUAUUCCUGUGAUUCAGGGAAUCAGAAAACUACAGCCUUCUUAAAAGUGAAAGGUAUUAAGUCAUGCUUAAUUUAUAUAUUUUAUAAGUUUGAAUGUUUGUAGUACAGUACUGUCAUUUUAUGUUGUGAGAUUACUAAACCUGAUGCCUCAGUGGAAUGGAGGAAAGGAUCUGUGGUAAUUUAUCCAAGUGACAAAUAUGAAAUGGUUCAGCAAGGUUCUUGCCUUGAGUUGCGCAUACAUAACCUAAAACUGGAAGACACUGGUGAAUACAUCUGUGAUUCUGGGGAUCAACAGACUGUGGCUUCCAUAAAAGUGAAUGCACUGCCACUACUUUUCAAACAAGAACUUAAGGAUGAGGAAGCUGAAGAGGGUGGCACUGCCACUCUACAUUGUGAGAUUAAUAAUCCUGAUGCACCCGUAAAAUGGAGAAAGGGAUCUUUGGUACUUCACCCAAGUGACAAGUAUGAGAUGAAGCAAGAAGGAUCAAGUGUUGAUUUGCUUAUUCAUAGCCUAAAGCCUGAAGAUGGUGGUGAUUAUACCUGUUAUUCUGGUGAUCAACAAACCACUGCCUCUUUAACAGUGAAGGCAACACCUGUGGUUUUUAAACAAGAACUUCAUAAUGAAGAAGCUGAAGAGAGCAGUACUGCUGUUCUGCACUGUGAAGUUAAUAAACCUAAUGCUUUAGUAGAAUGGAGAAAAGGAUCAGUAUUACUUCAUGCCAGUAACAAGUAUACAUUAAAGCAAGAAGGAACAAGCAUUAAGUUGUUCAUUCACAGCCUGAAGCUGGAAGAUGCUGGUGAAUAUACCUGUGAUUCUGGAGAUCAACAGACUACAUCUUCUUUAAAAGUAAAGGCUCUACCUGUGCUUUUCAAGAAAGGGCUUCAGAACAUGGAAGCUGAAGAAAGUAGUUCAGUUAUUCUGCGCUGUGAACUCACUAAACCUGAUGUUCCAGUGGAAUGGAGAAAAUAUUCAGUGGUACUUACUCCAAAUGACAAGUAUGAUAUGGUGCAAAAAGGUUUCUGCACUGAAUUGAUUAUUCGCAACAUAAAACCAGAAGAUGAAGGGGAAUAUACUUGUGAUUCAGGAGAUCAGCAGACUUCUGCAUCUUUGAAAGUGAAGGUCUUGCCUGUGCUUUUUAAACAAGAACUUGAGAACAUAGAAGCGGAUGAGAAUGGUAUGGCUAUUUUGUGCUGUGAGCUGUCUAAACCUGGUGGCUCAGUGGAAUGGAGGAAAGGCAUUGUGGCACUUCAUUCAAGUGAUAAGUAUGAAAUGAAGCAUGAAGAUUCCUGUGUUCAGCUGUUUAUACACAAUCUAAAACUGGAAGAUCAGGGAGAAUACACCUGCGACUCGGGGGACCAGCAGACCAGUGCAUUUCUAAAAGUAAAGGCUUUACCAGUACUUUUCAAACAAGAACUUGAGAAUGUGGAAGCCGAAGAGGGUGGUAUAGCCAGACUAUUCUGUGUGCUUACCAAACCUGAUAUAGCAGUGGAAUGGCGAAAGGAAUCAGUGGCACUGGUGCCGUGUGGGAAAUAUGAAAUGAAACAGCAAGGUCCCAACAUUGAACUGUUAAUCCAUGAUGUGGAACCAGAAGAUGCUGGUGACUAUAUUUGUGAUUCUGGGGAUAAACAAUCAACAGCACAUUUAAAAGUGAAAGCGUUGCCUGUGCUCUUCAAAAAAGAGCUACAGAAUGAGGAAACUGAAGAGGGUAAUCUAGUCACAUUUCAUUGUGAGCUUACAAAGCCUGGUGCACCAGUCAAAUGGAAAAAAGGAUCAAAAAUACUUCACCCCAGCAGCAAGUAUGAAAUGAAACAAGUUGGUACAGUUGUUGAAUUAUCAAUCCACAAUGUCAGUACAGAAGAUACGGGUAAAUACACCUGUGAUUCCGGGGACCAGCAAAUUGAUGGCUACUUGAAAGUUAAUGGCUUGCCAGUACUUUUCAAGCGAUGGCUUAAAAAUGAAGAAGCAGAAGAAGGCCACUCUGUCCUACUGCACUGUGAGCUUACUAAACCUGAUGCCUCUGUAGAAUGGAGAAAAGGACUUGAGGUACUUAAACCAAGUGACAAGUAUGAAAUGAAGCAGUACGGGCCUAUUAUUGAAUUAGUAAUUCACAACCUGAAGCUAGAAGAUGCUGGGGAAUAUACUUGUGAUUCUGGGGAUCAACAGACUACUGCUUCCUUGACAGUCAGAGAGCCAGAUGUAAAGAUUAUUGAUGGUUUGAAAAAUGUGGACGUGUUUGAAGGUGAAGAUGCCUUGUUUGAAUGUAAGCUGUCCCACGAAAAUGCUCGAGGUGUUCAAUGGAUUUUGGGAGGAAUUGAACUGCAGAGUAACGAAAUGAAUGAAAUUUCAGUAAAGAAUGGCAAUAUUCACACCAUUCUUUUGAGGAAAAUUUCACAAGAUGAUGCUGGUGCUAUGACCUUUAAGGUUGGAAAGUACAUAUCUGCAGCUCAGCUUAAUGUCAAAGCAACUCCAGCAACUUUCACUAAACAGCUCCAAAGUAUGGAAGUGGAUGAAACAGAAACAGCAACUUUGCUCUGUGAACUUUCACAGACCAAUGUUCCAGUUACUUGGAAAAAAGGAUUAACAACAAUUUUUCCAGGUGAUAAGUAUGAAAUUAAACAGGAAGGUUGCAUACAUAAGUUAUGCGUACACAACCUAAUAUCAGGGGACUCAGGUGAAUAUACCUGUAUAUGUGGUGAUCAUCAGACCACAGCUUCCUUAACUGUGAAAGAAGCAGAAGUAAAAAUUGUUGAAGGCCUGAAGAAUGUAACAGCUUUUGCCAAUGAAAAUGCUGUGUUUGAAUGCAAAGUUCAUCCUGAAAAUUUCUCUGAUGUGCAAUGGUGGUUAAGUGACACUCCUUUGCAGCACAAUGAAAUGAACGAAAUAUCUGUUAAAGAUGGAAACACCCACAUUUUGAAGCUGAAUAAUGUUACCCAGGAAGACUGUGGUACAGUUACAAUUAAAGUUGGAAAAAUCAGUUCCUCUGCAAAACUUAUAGUAAAAGCUGCACCUGUUCAGUUUGUAAAGAAACUCCAAAACCAGGAGGGUGAUGAAGGAGGUCUGAUAUCACUACAUUGUGAACUGAAUAAAGCUGGUGCACCAGUCAUGUGGAAAAGAGGGUCUCAAAAACUAAGUCAAAGUGACAAAUAUGAACUAUUACAAGAUGGUUUUGUUGUUGAAUUAUUAAUCCAUAAUCUGAAGCUUGAAGAUGCUGGCGAAUACACUUGUGAUUCCGGUGAUGACCAGACAAAAGCUAAUUUGUCUGUGAAAGAACGCAUAAAAAUUAUUCGUGGGCUUGAAGAUACAACUGUGGUUGAGCAAAACAGUGUGAGAUUCAUAUGUGAGAUUUCUCAAGAAGAUAUUAAAAAUGCUCAGUGGUGGUUAGGUGGAAAACUACUUCAAAGUAAUGAAUGCUGUGAUAUCAAAGUUACUGAUAAGAUGCACACUUUGAUAUUGAAAAAUGUCACACCUGAUAAUUCCGGAACUAUUAUGUUCAAGGUCGGCUCUGAAAGUUCAACAGCUAAGUUGGUAGUGCAAGAAAAACCUAAAGUCAUUUUCAAACAAAAUCUUCAGAACAUACAAGCAAAUGAGGAAAGUACAGUUUUCCUUCGUUGUGAACUUUUUGAAUGCAAUGUGCCUGUAACAUGGAAGAAAGGCUCAAUAACAAUUAAACCUAGCAGUAAAUAUGAAAUGAGGCAGCAAGAUUCAAUGGCUGAGUUGGUGAUUUCUGACUUAACAUUAGAGGAUGCUGGAGAAUAUUCUUGUGAAUCUGGAGAUCAGAAGACUAGUGCUUCCCUCAAAGUGGAAGCUUUACCUGCCUAUUUCAAACAAGAGCUACAGAAUGUGGAAGCAGUUGAAGGGCACACAGCUAAUCUACGCUGUGAGCUUUCUAAACCCAGUGCUACUGUUGAAUGGAGAAAGAGACUUGUUGUGCUUCAUCCAAGUGACAAGUAUGAAAUGAGCCAAAAAGGUGUCACCGUUGAGCUGUUAAUUCAUAAUGCAAAACCAGGAGAUGCCGGCAAAUAUACUUGUUAUUGUGGGAAACAUCAAACAACAGCUACCUUGACUGUUAGAGAACGUGAAGUAAAGAUAGUUUCUGGUUUAAAAAACACUGAUGUCUUUGCUGGUGAGUCAGCCACAUUUGAAUGUGAGCUCUCACAGAAGGAUGUGGAAAAUACGCAGUGGUGGCUGGACGGUUCACCCCUUCAGAAUAAUGAUCUGAAUAAGAUAUCUGUUCGAAAUGGAAAUAUUCACACGUUAACGCUACAAGGGUUGGGAACUGAUGACUCAGGAACAGUAACGUUUAAGGCUGGGGCUCUUACUUCUUCAGCAAAGUUAUUAGUUAAAGAUCCAACGGUUGAGGUAGUAAGCGAAAUGGAAGAUAUUACUAGAGAGGAGCAUGACACAGCAGAGUUUAUCUGUCAGUACUCCAGACCAGUCAAAGCUGUGUGGAAAAGAAAUGACAAAGAGAUUCAGCCUGAUGGUCAUCACAUAAUUAUUGACCAAGACUGGAAUGUAGCAAAGCUGAAAAUCUGUGAAGUCACCCCAGCGGACAGUGGGAAGUAUACUUGUGAAGCAGCUGGAACAAAGGUUGCAGCAGUGCUCAGUGUUCUAGCAAAGCAACCUGAUAUUCUUGAAGGACUAGAGAAUGUAGAUACAGUAGAAGGUGGUGAAGCUCUGUUUGAAUGCACCUUAUCCAAUCCAGAAGUAAGUGAUUAUAUGUGGCUGAUGGAUGAUGUUCCUGUAACACAGUCUGAAAAACUAGAAACUGCAGUGCUCGAAGCUGGAAGGCGACACCUCUUACUGUUAAAGAACUUAGUUCCAUCUGAUAGUUGUCGAGUGAGCUUCAUGUCUGGAAAUGCCAUGUCCUCAGCGUAUUUAAAUGUUAAAGGAUGGCAGAUUAACAUUUUGAACACUUUGAGAGAUACUGAAGUGGUCCAAGGCGAUCAUACAGAAUUUGAAUGUGUAUUGAGUGAAGUGGUCCCUGUUACUGAAGUGAGCUGGUAUCUGAAUGAAGCCGAUAUCAAAACUGAUGAGCACUGGGAAACAAAGGCAGAAAGAAAUACUUACAAACUCAUACUGAAAAAUGCCCAACUUAUUCAUUCUGGAGAAAUAACUUUUGCUUCAAGAGAUGUUAUUGCGUCAGCAAAAAUAACUGUUAUUGGUCCUCCUGGUCCACCUGAGAGUCCAGAAGUUGUCAGAAAGAACCACCAGUCUGUCACCUUGUCUUGGUUAAAACCACUAAGAGAUGGUGGCAGUGUUAUACAAGGCUAUCAUGUUGAGAUGAAACCUUCUGACAGUGACUUCUGGUUGCCAUGUAACACAAAAGUAGUUGAAGAGACAGAAUUCACUGUUGAUAAUCUGAUACCAGGCACUAGUUACAGCUUCCGCGUUUCAGCUCUGAACCAUGCUGGAGCUGGCGAGCCUGUACAUUUGCCACAGACAGUUCUGCUGGAGGUUCCUGUGACUGUCACCAUUCCUCUCACUAACAUUACUGCAAUAAAUGGGGAGUCUGUCAAGCUCGAGUGUGAAUUUUCCAGAGAAUGCAUUAAUGCAUCAUGGCUAAAGAAUGAUCAGCCCAUUAAAACAAGCAGCAAGAAUGAAAUAAUUUCUGGAGGAACAAAACACUGUCUUAUUAUUAACAAUUGCAGUGCUGAGGAUGAAGGGAAAUACACCUGUAUGGCAACCUCAGAUAUUAAAACAUCUGCUGAAGUCACCUUGGAUGAUACCAAAAAGCCUGUUCCAGAUCAGGACUGGGAAAUUCUACAGGAACCUGACGAAGUUACAGUUGAAAUAGUAGAUGGGGAGGAAGUUACUCUCAAACCAAGCUUGCCACCUGAGGCAGCACAGGAAGGUGAUCUACAUCUUCUUUGGGAAGCCUUGGCAAAAAAACGAAGAAUGAGCCGAGAACCAACUCUUGAUUCUAUCAGCGAAGUACCAGAAGAAGAUGACAAAGCUCUAAAACAACGGCUACAGAAACGUUUGGAGACUGAAGAAUUAUCUACAGAUGACAUGUCUAGAGCAUGUGAUUCUUAUACAAGCUCUGAUGAAGAGUCAAGAUCAGGUACUCCAUCCCUUGUUCAUUACCUGAAAACAGCAGGACAGUCAACCAUAACAAUAGCAGGAAAAGUACAAACUAUUUCUACAAGUGAAUUUUUUAAACACUGGGAAUCUACAAACGCUGAGCCUGAGAAGUUGAAAGAUGAACCUGUCUCGGAAGAAGAUCCAUCUCUCACUGAAGCUGCAACCAAAAUCCAAGCUGCAUUUAAGGGUUAUAAAAUCAGGAAGGAACUGAAACAGCAAGGCAUACCUGUGUUCGGAGAAGUUUUUAAACCUCAGACAAUUGAGCUGGGCCAAACUAUCCAUCUUGAGUGUGUGGCCCUGAGUAAACCUGAAGUCAAAGUUCGAUGGCUGAAAGGUGGAGAAGAGCUUGUUGAUGGAAGACAUUAUCAUAUUGAUAAUUACAGUGAUGGAACCUGUUCUUUAAUUAUUACAGGUGUGGAAGAAAAAGACUCUGGAACAUAUACUUGUGAGGCUUCUAACAAAUUUGGCACAACUUCCCACAGUGGAAAAGUUAAAGUUGUAAGUGAUGCGAUGGAAACAGUUAAGAAGCUUACACAAGGCAUCGGUAUAAAGUACAGCACUGAUAGUGAACCUGAAAGUUCUUCAGGAAGUGACGUUGAUGAUGCUUUCCGCAGGGCGGGCAAACGACUUCACAGACUACUGCGUUCAAAACUAUCUUUUGAAAUUUCUGAUGUGGAUGAAGAUUUUUUUGUUAGUGCUGAUGAAGGAGAUGAAGAAAUUUUGGACAGACAGACUUACCAUGAGGAUGAAAAUUAUAUUUAUAUUAAGUUCGAUACCUUAACUGAGGCAGAAUUGGCUGCAGCCAGGUUUAAAGAGAUAUUUAUUGGCCAGGGAAUUCAUGUUCAAAUUGAUAUUUGCCAAGACAAUAAUAGGGUUGAGAUACGGAUUAAGAAGGUUUCGCGGUCUGCUGGUGCAUUUGGAGAAGACCGUACAUUCAUACAAAAGGGACCACAAAUUGAAUCUGCACCCCAUGUUGUAUCUGAGCUCCAGAACCAGGAUGUUCAGGAAGGCUACCCUGUUAGUUUUGAUUGCAUGAUAACUGGAUAUCCACCUCCUGUCGUACAAUGGUUUAAGGAUGGUAAGCUGAUUGAGGAGAAUGACCACUACAUGAUUAAUGAAGAUCAAGAUGGGUGUCACCAACUCAUCUUAACGUCUGUAAUUCUGAGCGAUAUGGGAGUGUAUCGAUGUGUGGCAGAAAACUGCAUUGGUGUUGCAUCAACAAAGGCUGAACUAAGAGUCGAUGUUACUAGCUCAGACUACGACACAGCAGAAGCCACUGAGACAUCUUCUUAUGUCAGUGCCCAAGCUUCUCUCACGCGUGAGCAGAAUUUAGAAGGUAUGGAAUCACAGGCUGAAGAAGAACAGCUGCCUCAGAUUGUAGAAGAGCUGCACGAUACCUUUGUUACUGUUGGAGCUCCAAUAAUAAAAUUGCAAAUUAAAGUUAAAGGUUAUCCAGUCCCUCGUGUAUAUUGGUUUAAAGAUGGAAUACCUCUGCGUGCCACAGAUGAGAUUCUGAUGACUGAUGACAAAGGAGAUCAUUCCCUAGAAAUUCUCAAUGUUACAAAAGAAGCUGGUGGUGAAUAUGCAGCAUACAUCAGCAACCUAUCAGGCUCAGCCUAUACAUCUGCUGUGGUGCAUGUUCAAAGCCCAGAAGAAGAGAUCGGUAAAUGUGAGCCAGAAGAAAAGUCAGCAGAAAAAACAGAGAAGUUGAUUCCACCAAGGUUUCUGGAGCGCUUCACAAGUAGGAGUGUAAAAAAAGGAGCAAGUAUUACAUUAACUGUCAAGGUGGAAGGAUCUCCAAUACCUGAUGUAACAUGGCUUAAAGAAGAGUCAGUGGAAGAUGUCAUCUGGAUUAAACAGAAUACACCAGGUUAUACAUUGGCUAGCUCAAAUAUGCAGCACAGUUUGAUCCUGCUGGAUGUUGGGAAGGAGUACUCUGGAUCCUAUACCUGUAUUGCUACAAACAAAGCUGGCCAAUCAAUCUGUUCUGCUCAGUUGAAUGUUGUGGAUGUUGUAAUAGAAGAAGCCCCAGAUGUGAAAGAAGCUUUAAUGGAAACAUUCCUAAAUGGACAAGAACCUGAUCACAAAGCAUUGGAGAAAAAGCGGAGAGAAAUUCUGACAGAAGAAAUCAGUAAACAAGUUGCUGCAACAACAGCCAUGCCACAUUUAUCACUAGCAGAUGUUGGAACAGAAGAAUUCCUACAAAAAUUAACAUCUCAGAUCACACAAAUGGUCUCUGCAAAGAUCACCCAAGCUUCACUGCGUGUUCCUGGAGCAGAAAGUGAUGAGGAAGGCAAGACUCCAUCUCCAUCUCCACGUCAUGGUAGAUCCAGGCCAUCUUCUAUUGUCAAUGAAUCUUCCACUGAGUCCGAAGAUUCAGAAACCAGAGGCGAGAUUUUUGACAUUUACAUGGCUACAGCAGACUACAAUCCAUUGCCAACAGAGAAAGAGUCCAUUCACCUAAAAGAAGGACAAUUUGUGGAAGUUCUUGACUCUGCACAUCCGCUCAAGUGGUUGGUUAGGACAAAGCCUACAAAAAGCACACCAGCCAGACAGGGCUGGGUUUCUCCUGCCUAUCUAGACAAAAGACUGAAGUUCUCAGCUGAACUUCCUCUGGAAAGCACUGAAUUCUCUGGAGAGAUGGAAACAGAAGAUGAGUACAGGAGAAAAUUAUACCUCCUUGUACAAGAUCUGAUCCAAACUGAAAAAGAGUUCACAAGAGAUUUGCAGUUCUUUGCUGAGCAUUACAUCAAACAUACAGAAACAGCACCCGACGUACCACCUUCAGUAGUGAACGGCAAACAAACAAUUUUCCGAAACAUUAAUGAAAUUACUGAUUUCCACACCAGCACGUUCCUGAAAAACCUCAUGAAAUGCCAGACAGAAGACGAUAUUGCGUUAUGUUUCAUCAAUAACAGCGAUGGAUUUGAUAAAUACUUACAAUAUCUGGUUGGAAGUGUACAGGCUGAAUCUCUUAUCACUAAUCCAGCCAUCCAGGACUUUUACAAUAAAUAUACAGAAGAAGUAGCUUCUACACAGGACCAAUCAGAAACCCCAAUUCUGCCGAUACAUACUUACUUGGAUAAACCUCCUAAUAGACUUUUGAAGUAUCAAACUGUUCUGAAGGAGCUAAUUUGCAACAAAGCAAGAAGCAAUAAAAACUGUGCUUUGUUAGAAGAAGCAUAUGCCAUAGUGUCUGCACUUCCAAAGCAAGCUGAUAAUAACUUGCAUGUUUCCAUGAUUGAAAACUAUCCAGGGACUUUGGAAUCUCUUGGUGACCCAAUCAGACAGGGGCACUUCAUCGUAUGGGAGGGAGCUCCUGGUGCAAAACUAUCAUGGAAAGGUCACAAACGUAUUGUUUUUCUCUUUAAAAAUCACUUAUUGAUCUGUAAAACAAGAAGAGACAGCAGGACAGAUACACAAUGUUAUGUCUUUAAAAACCUGAUGAAGCUCACUAAUAUUGAUGUAAAUGACUUUGUGGAGGGUGAUGAAAGAUCCUUUGAAAUUUGGCAUGAGCGAGAAGAUUCUGUACGUAAAUACACUCUCCAGGCACGGACUGUGAAUAUUAAGAUAUCAUGGUUGAAAGACAUUUGUGGCAUCCAGCAGCGCUUCAGUAUACCUGCAUGGAAUCCCCCAGAAUUUGUGGAGAAACUGGCAGAUUGCACUGCUGAAAUGGGACAAACAGUGAAAUUAGCAUGUCUGGUUAUUGGAAAUCCCAGACCAGUUAUCACAUGGUACAAAGAUGGCAAACCUGUGGAGGUUGACCCGCAUCAUAUUAUUAUUGAGGAUGAGGACGGUUCCUGCACUUUGAUCUUAGAUACUCUAAAUGCUGCUGAUUCUGGGCAGUAUAUGUGUUAUGCAGCCAGUGCUGCUGGGAAUGCCAGUACACUCGGAAAGAUUCUUGUACAAGUGCCCCCAAGGAUUGUAAGCCAUCUUAAAAACAUUCCAUUUGUUGAGAAUGCAGAUACACAGUUUGUAUGCACUAUUGAAGCGGCACCAGCCCCUCAAAUAAGAUGGACUACUGGUGGCUUACCACUGACAAAUAAGACAAAGUACCAGACUUUCUUUGACCCACAAUUUGGAGUUGCAAUGCUGAUCGUCAAAAACACAGAGAAGAAUGACCUUGGAUUCUAUGAAUGUGAAAUUACAAACAAACUGGGUACAGCCAGAGACGUUGCAGAGUUGUACCUUCAGGCCCCUGUCCUAAUCCCAGAAAAGAGAAAAGAUCAAGUUGUCAUGAUUGAAGGAAAUGUUGCUGACGUUGCAUCUGAAGGUGUUGAAGCUAGAGCAGGAGGAGUACCUGAAGUACAAGUAUCAAGUUCAGACUAUAUAAUCCAAAGAAGCAGAGCUAAAAAAGUAAGUCCAGAAGAAUAUUGGCCAGAAUUCACAUGUACAAAGUCAAAGAAAAAAUCUGUAAUGUUCGCAAAUGUCAUCUCAAAGGAUAAAGGGAGAACUUCUCCAUCAGCAGAAAAACGUGAUUUAUACAUGGACACCAGAAAAGGUGAAGAGAAGGCAAUUAAAGAAGAAACAAUAAUGAUCCCAACAGUGAAAGAAACUGUUCAAUAUUCUACUGGACAUGAAAGCAGAGAAGUGGAGACAACUUCAAAUAUGGUUGCAGAUUCUCUGCUGACUUAUAUGGCUGUGCCUCAAGAAAGUAGGGCAGUGGCAGAGAGAUUUAGUAUUUCAGAACUCUUUGCAGAACAGAUGAAGACAGAUGUAGUUGAUAAUCCUUCAAAACCAGAUACACAAGACUUUCAAACCACUGGUGACCAAGCUAACAGUGCUAAUAUUCAAACCAAGCCUUUGAAAGAUAUGCAGAAUAUUCGAAAUGUUACCGUGAAGAGACUGCGUGAAAUACAGUUUAGCCCAACUAAAUUCAAGCGAAGAACUCUUUCAGCAAGUAAUGUAAAUAUAGCAGAGCAAAUAAUUUUCUCAAGAACUGUAAGUAAGGGAGCUGAAGAAAUUCUCACGUUGCCUGAUAAACCAAAGCUCACAGAGUAUAUGGAGCUACCUGAGAGUUACCACAUUGGUUUGACUGUACAAGAGGAUGCAGAAACAAAUGCCAAGGAAGAAUGCUCUAGAGAGAAGGUACCAGGGACAAGAAAACUGCAUUACUAUUAUGAUGUUAAAGAGGAAAUUGGAAGAGGAUCAUAUAGCUUUGUGAAGCGAGUUGUGAAUAAAGAGAAUGGAAUGCAGUGUGCAGCUAAGUUUGUUACACUCAGAAGAAGUAUCCAGGCUUAUGAAGAGCGUGGAAUUUUAUCGAAACUUAAUCAUACAAGGAUUGCCUGCCUACUUGAAGUUUUUGAAACCAAAAGAACACUUGUGUUAGUGCUGGAAAUGUGCUCAAAUGAAGGAUUGCUGGAUCGCCUGUUCAAAAAGAACAUUGUUGCAGAAGCUGAGGUUAGAAACUAUAUCCAGCAGAUUUUGGAAGGGCUCCAUUAUCUCCAUGACAACAACAUUCUUCAUCUUGACAUAAAGCCUGCUAACAUUCUAAUGGUACACCCAGAAAAAGACGAUAUUAAGAUUUGUGAUUUUGGAUUUGCACAAGAACUCACACGGGACAAGCUGCAGUUUAGCAAAUAUGGCUGCCCAGAGUUUGUUGCCCCAGAAAUUGUUUCGCAGGAUCCAAUUUCAACAGCCACUGACAUAUGGUCGAUUGGAGUGAUCACAUUUUUGUGUUUGACAGGUAGCUGUCCAUUUUCUGGUGAAAAUGACAGAAUUACACUGUUAAAUGUGAAAGAUGGAUCCUUUUCGUGGAAUUCACAUGAUUUGGAAUGUACAACAGAAGAUGCUCAAAGCUUCGUAAGGAGAAUGAUUAAAUUAAUUCCAGAGGAUAGGCCGACAGCAUCUGAAUGCUUGAAAGAUCGUUGGUUUCAGGAGAAACAGAAACUUCAGGAAUCAAGUACAAUUAAUACAAAGAGACUGAAAUUCUUUUUAUCCAGGGACAAGUGGCAGCGUUCCCUUAUGUGUUACAAAUCCAUACUUGUAAUGAGGUCCAUUCCUCAACUUUUAGAAGAGUCAUCUGAAAGCCAUUCUCUUGAUAUGCCUCGACACUUGUUCAAGCAAAGCAAUUCAUCAGCAUCCAGUGCCUCCUCUUCUGAUAUGGAAGAUUAUACCCAGCAGACAGGUAUUUCAGAUAUCAGUCAGAUAUUGUCCAGUCAAUAUUUUACAGAUGAUGGUGACCAUUGUGAAACCCAGGGGGCGGUUUCUUUCGUAUCAGACAUUUUGGAUCCAGCUGUCAGUGAGAACGUGAAACAUAAUUCAGUGCUAACUGGAAGCAUUGCUGUGGAGAAACAAGCCAUAUAUGAUGAGGAUGAUGUGAAAGUCCAGUUUAACCCUCCUGAAAAAUGUGAAGACCUGAGUUUAUGUGGUAACAGAACAAAACUUUCUCUUGCUGAAGCAUCCACUUUUGAGACAUCAGACUGUUCAAGAAUAGAAGUGAAAGCAACUCAUAAAUUAACACAAGCCAUUUCAACUGACAGUGUCCUCACACCUCAAGCAUUAAAAAUAGACAGCUCACCACAUUUAAACUCCAAACCACCAUUCAGACUUUUGCCAAAGCAUUGUCUUAUCAAAAGCUCUUUCAUAUGCCAACCACUUUUGGAUUGCCUUCAGAUGACUCCACAGGAAAAAGCAGUUAAUGACAAAAGAUUUCAAGAAACCUCAAGCCACGUUUCACAAAGACUGUAUAAGUCAGCUUCUUGUGAUAUUGAGGAUAAAGUGGCUUAUGGUCCCAAGAAAAAUUUAAGGAAAACCAAGUCAUUGGAUGAAUUUGAAACCAAGACUGUGGUUCAGACUGUAAAAGGGUCUGCAAGUGAAUUAAUGCAUCCAUGCUUCCAGCAUUCAGAUCCGUAUUCCAAUACAAAAGCUAUUGGUAAGCCUGUGAUAACCUUGUCUACUUCUGUAAAUGAACAAGUAUCAGACUGGCAAAAGACAACACUAAGUGACUCAGUGUGCUCAUCUGAAGGAAUCACUUGCUUUACAGAUGUUUUACAAUGUCCCACAAAAAAUGCUCACACUGAGACAGGCCAGUCUUUGCAUACUGAUGUACCUUUGGAGAAUCUGGAAACAGAACAGAACAUGGACUUGGAAAAGGAAAUCCGUGUUACUGACAACAAAGAAUACAAUUCAGAGGUGAACUCUAGUGUAGUAACUUCCCUCCAGCAUUCAAUAGAUUUGCAAAACAAGGAUCAUGAAUCUUCACAAUCAUUUGAAGAUGCAGAGAGCUCAUCUCACUGUAGACUUUCAGAAAUGGAGUCAAACUCAAAGAAGAAUCAGAAUGAUCAAAAGCCUAUAAAUUCACAUUCAAGCAUAUCAGAAAUCAGAUCCUUUGACAUUAAAGGCUGUACAGAUUCAGAGUUACAGAAUGACGUCUCCUCUUUUACUGCCUCAGUUGUCACAUGUGAACCACAGACCCAGAGUUCAAGUGGGAAUGUCUGCACUGAUGCAAUGAAACCAGAUGCAGAUUACUUUGACCUGUCAGAACUGUAUAGCUAUGAGCUCCAUGAUGAUCCAGGACCUUCAGUUUUGACUCAAGAGUUUAAAGACAAAAGUACAUCGCAAACUAAAUCCUUGCCUGGGCAGCGCACAUCCGAAGAGCAGAUUGCUUUAAGGAAAACAGAUGCCAACAAGGGCAAUGCUCCACGGCGGAAGUCAGAUCGGAGAUCAACAACCUCAUAUGAAUUAUUAUGCAAUGAGAUUGAACCUGUAAGUGAGUACUUGUGGGAUGUGACUGGAACCGAAUGGGAUUCAGAACUAUUGGAGCUACUUAAUGGUAGUGAUGAGGAUGAGAUCAAGUCCAAUAUUGAAGAAGGAACAUCAAAAGGCACAAGAAAACCUAAGAGAACUUCACUGGAAAGUAAAUUAUAUCAAAGUUUUGAAAGUCUAAGAAAAGCUUUCAAAAGUGAAAAAGAAGGAAGAGCUCCAAUUUCUUCAAGUGAAAUGAGUCUGAUUGUUGGUGAAGGCUACGAUGAAUCAGGUUUGAAGUCUACAUCAAAGACAUCUGGCAGGUCUGGUCUUUUCAGAUUAUUCAGUAGGUCUGCUUCAGUAUAUUGGGAUAAAGAUUUUCAUGAUGGAGAUGAAGAAAGAAGUCGAACUUCUUUAUCUGCAUUUCUAGAGAGAGGAAAGAGUCAGACAUUGCCUGCUCGUUUCUCCUGGCAAUCUUUGAAAAGCAAGGAUUCAGCAGAGAAGCUUGAACUGAGAAGGAAAAAACAACAGUUAAGCAAGAUCCCGAGAAGUGCAAGCCCAUCUAGAAUGGAGUCAGCUGGCAGACAGUACAUGGAAGUUAUGAAAGCACCAUUAAUACCAUCCUUAACAACACAUAACAAAGAAAAACAGCAAGUUGACAUGUCCACAGACAUUAGUGACAAUGCCACUGGUUCCCUGAGGAUAAAAUCCAGACUGUUUUCAUUCAAGCUUCCAGGUUCAAAAUCAAAGGAGAAAGCACCAUUAUUUCUUGAAGAGCUCCAAAACCAGUCAGUAGUCUUGAGUCAAUGUGUGACCCUGACCUGCAGAGCAUCAGGUUACCCAAACCCUAAAAUCUGCUGGUUCAAAGAUAACCAAGUGAUGCAUCGCAGUGACCAAAUAUUGUUAUCAACCACAAGCACUAAAUGCCAGCUUUUAACUAUUCUAAAUGUAGCUGAGGAGCAUCUUGGUUAUUAUAAAUGUGUGGCUGAAAAUCACCUGGGCAAAGCUUCAACUUGCUGCUUACUGAACCUUGCAGUUUUACCUUGUUGCCCUGAUUCACCUGAGGUACCACAAGUCUUUGAAGAUGGUGCUUUAGUGAUAUGGAAACCACUUGUGAGCUGCAUGCCAAUAACAUACAUUGUUCAGUGUCAGAAAAAAGAUGAAGAUUGGAAAACUAUUGCAUCAGAUCUUUCUGAAUCUUGUUUUUAUGCCAGUAACGUGCAUAAGGGAGAAGCUUAUUUGUAUAGAGUUGCGUAUGUCAACAAAGCAGGAAAAGGACCAUUUAGUCACCCAUCUGUAAAAGUUAUCAUUGGAGAGACAGAAGUACAGUCACACAGUGUGCAUGGUGAGAAGCCAGCAUCGAUGAAACAGACAUACACAUUUUUAGCAGAGAGAAACAGAGGGCGCUUCAGCAUCAUAAAGAAAUGUAUUGAAAACUCCACUGGAAAAUCAUUUGCAGCUAAAAUCACUCCAUACAAGAAAGGAAGGAAGCCAUUUGUCCUGAAGGAAUAUGAGACCCUGAAGAAGCUUCACCACAGCAACAUUGUAGAGACUCAUUGUGCCUACAUUACACCCAGAUACCUGAUAAUGAUCCAAGAACUCUGUGAAGGCAAAGAGCUGCUUCACUAUUUGGCUGAGAGAUCGAGUUACAGCGAGCACCACGUGGUAGAACUGCUGACACAGAUGCUCAGUGCAGUCGAAUAUCUUCAUUUUAAUCAUAUUCUUCACUUGGAUCUGAAAUCAGAGAAUAUGAUUAUUGUGGAGCACAAUAUUUUGAAGCUGCUGGACUUCGGCAAUGCAGAGAUUCAUGUACCUGGUCGACCAGUGCUGGUGAAAAGGUGCAGAGACUUUGUGGAGAAUAUGGCUCCAGAAAUCCUUGAAGGGAAACCCGUUGUUCCAGAGACAGACAUUUGGGCUGUUGGUGUGGUGGCCUUUACAAUGAUGAGUGGAGAUUGCCCUUUUAAGUCUGACAGAGACUGUGACAAAGAAAAGAACAUUCGGAAAGGGAAAAUCAAGUUAGGGCGAUGCUAUCCUGGUCUUUCACAAGGGGCAGUUUCAUUUCUGAAGAGCACAUUAUGUUUUAAUCCAGGAGGAAGGUUGUGUGCCUCAGAAUGUCGUUCAUUUCCAUUGUUCCAAGAGGACACAAGGAUGAAGCUGAGAAAUUCAGGAAUUUCCUUUCAAACAGAAAAGCUCAGGAAUUACCUAAAACAACAGGAAAAGCAGAGGACGCUUCUGUGUACAAAGCAUGAAGUGCUGCUACUUCACUGACGAAGAGAGAAAAAAAAG